GACGCCAUUUUGCUUCCCUCUGCGUGCGUGUGCGUGAACGAGUGUACGUGUGUGCGUGGGCGCCCAUCGGUGCAAAUACCUCUGUAGCUUCCAAACAUUUAACACUCCUCACGUCAGCUAAAACACGUUUAACGUGUUAACGCUCGGACAACAGCUAGCCUGCUCCACACUGGACAAGUAGACAUGGGAAUAUGGACUACGUGACGUUUAAUGCUCUCGACGAACGUCGUCGAAGUGUCACCGGGCGGAAAUACAAGUUGAGUGGCUUCCGAUCAUCAACGACUCAGGAUGAACGCCAGAAGGAGAGAAGAGGAAUGUAUUCAUCCUCUUAAGAUUGCCCCUGAUUCCUCUCAUGUUUGACCACAUUUGCUACAUCGUCAAUCAUGAUUCUUGGCAUAAUCUCCCAGGAGUUGUACCAGCAGCUUCUGGACCCAAAGAAUUACCAGAAUCGCACAAAUGGCGUGGAAGAGUUGAAACAAAUCCUGUCGGAAGUAAACCUGAAACUGGUCUCUUCUGACAGUAUUGAAGAGUUCAUACAUUUUCUCUCUAGACUUUUGGAUGACAGUAAUUUUAAAGUAUUGUAUGGCACCUUACAAGUUUUAAAUUUACUCAUUCGGAGAUUAGACACCAGCAUUGACAAAUAUGUCAAACAGAUAGUUUUGGUGGCCCUUAAGGCUCUAGGCGACCCUUGCACCAUCGCCAGGAAUGAAUACAUGAACAUAUUUCAACAGAUGAUGAAAACUGUUGCCCCGCAACAAGUUUUAGAUCUUGUCAUUGGCAACUUGAAACACAAAAAUUCCAGGGUACGGGAAGAUGUUCUGAACAUUAUUAUUGCAGCAAUGCUGACUCAUCCAAGGAAAGAGUUCAACAUCCCAAAUCUUUGUUUUGAAGUUGCACCAUACUUGGCAGACAGCAAGAAAAAGGUCCGCCACGCCGCCCUUGAGUUGUUUGCUGUUUUUGACUCUUGCCUGGACGCUGGGAAAAAACAUCCUCUUACAAAAGCGGUAGACAUGGUUGAGCUGAACGAGGAGGCAGAGGGUCUUAUGGCAGCUGUACAGGCCAGACGAGCAAGGCGUGUCCUCCCUAAACUUUCACCAGAGGGGGUAGUGGAGUACGGUCUGGUGGUACCUAAAUCUGGCUUGCGCUGCUCGCCACAGGCUACUUCUGGAGCUGAUCUGGACUGGGUGAUGAAUGGAGGACGUCUGAGUAGUGCAAGGAGUCAGAGAACUGAGCUGGACUGUGAUCAACUGCAUGGCUAUGGCAGCUUAGGCUGCCUCACUGAUGAGUUUCCGUCUCAACGGAGGAUUGUCAGCGCAGGUAAAGGGAAGAACAAACUACCCUGGGAAAGGUUGAGCUUUACAUCUACUGAAAAUAAUCAUCACUGCAGCUCCCCCAGUGGAAAGUGCUUGGAGCAGGUAACCAUCGGAGAUGUUAUCCCGCUAUCCAGGAAACUGAGCCCUGAGACCUACAUUCCCACUUUCAGUUCUGCAGAACCACAGACACCCCAAACCUCUAGGAGAAGGCUGUCUCCUACCCGACUGAGAAGAAGCGGAAGUCUCAACUUAGACCCUGACAUCUUUAAAACCACAAACUUCACAGAGACUGAUAGCGCAUCUUCCAAAGGACACACGCUCUCAAGGAAUCCCAGUGUUGAGCGCACGCUUUCUCUCCCCUCAAACCACACAAUCUCAGGUUCGUUCCUGCUGCCUUCUUACCCUCUGGCUGCACUACCAGGAGGCCAGCUCACUCCAACAUUUUCCCGUCGCCAUGCCGACUCCUCACUCUCUAUGUCUAACACCUGGCCCAACAAGCGAGAGAGCAGCCCCCAGCAGCGAGACAACAGCCCCUGGAGGGACACAGCAGGAAAAGGCAGGGAGGACCAAUCUAUCAGAUGUUCUCCAAGGCCAAUCCGUGCCGCCCUAAAGAGUUCUUCUUCAACGUUGUCAUUCCGCCGGGCACUGAACAGUAAUAAGACAGCACUCGCCAUUUCACCAGUAAUUGCUUCAGCGGAUCAGAUACAUUUUUAUGACCAGAGAUCAAAUGCACGGUACAGCCCCCAAAAUCAGCAACUCGAGAGAGACCUUCACUUUGAGCCUGUUGGCUUUAACACAACACAAAACAAUCAAGAGGAAGAUGCUCUGGACAUGCAGGAGAUGUUGAACUCUCUGCGUUCACUGCGAAACAGUGCUGCUAAGAAGAGGGCCAAAGUGAGCCUUAGCAGUUCAGACACAGACCAGGACAGCCAGGAUCCUGUAAAGUUAGACCUGAGUCAAGACCCAGCUGUGCACACCUCUCGCAUGCUUACCAGCUCAGCCAGCGAGAAUGGUCUCUCCAGUUUGAGUCUCACCAGUUCCAGUGUCUUUGGCAUCAAAACAAGUCCUGGAAGCAUGACCUCAGGAGUGAAACCUCGUAUGGCAAGAGUGCCUUCUGCAAAAUUGAAGUCGUCUGUGUCCAUGGACUUAAGCAGCCUUUCGGGACUAUGUCAGAGGAAUGAACUGUCAUCCCAGGUGGGUGUUGUUGGGCAGAGAGUCAGCUACUCCAAUGGAACUUUUAGAAGCAAUGAGGACACAGCAUUACCCUCGCCCCCUUUUAUCAAACCAGCAUUAAGUGAAUCACCGAGAACUCUAAAGUCAAGUAACGAAUCUCACAUCAACGGAAGAAGGAAUUCACUUGCAAAAGACGUGUCUGAAGGAGUCAUUGGAAGAGGUAUGUUUGAUGCUAAAGUGUCAUCACCUCGUCCUGGAUUGUCAUUCGAGCAGGGUGAUAUGGUGGCGAAGCCCUCUGUUGAACCCCUCGGAUGCCUCCAUCUUUUGUCUGGUGAUCACAGAACAACCACAAGUCCUGAUGAGAUGACGAAUACACACUCCAGGCAUAGGGACAAGAUCCGGCACCGUGUCAGACAAAUGCUUUCUGACUCACCUACUGAAGAGAGUACGAAGAUUAAACAUUUCCAUCCAAACGGUAGCACAAUCACGUUCUGUACAGCAGACCUUUCCUCAGAUGGGUCACCCAUUGGCCCCACCAGCCCGCUCAGUCCACCUGGACCCCACAGCCCCAUCAAGUGCCUCACUCCGCCCCACCAACCAAGCCCCCCCACUGUGCCUCCUAAUCCCCAAAACCUGUCCCGCGUAAGGAGAGCACCAAGCCUCACCAGGACACGACCUUCGCUGUCCCAUAGCUCAGAGGAUCUUUCCUCUGUUGCUGUGAGCCACAAGAAAAACUCCUCUCAGCCUCCAGAAUUGUGUCUUUCUUCCAAACCUGAUCAAGCACUGGUUCAGAGCUUGGACCGGCUGAGCUCAGAGUGCUGGGAGAAAAAGAUUGAAGGUCUUACACUGCUGCGCUCUUUGGCUCAGUACCACUCAGACGUACUUCAGGGGAGGCUUCAUGACAUCUGCAUCGCACUAACUCAAGAGGUGAAGAACAGAAGAUCAGGCGUGUCCAGGGCUGCAGUGCGCACACUGGGCGACUUUUACACGCACCUACAGAAGGCAAUGGACCAGGAGUUGGAAGGGACUGUUAAAGUCUUAGUGCACAAGGGAGGGGAACCUAAUGCCUUUAUUAGGCAGCAUAUUGAUGACGCUUUAGACUGCAUGGUGCAGCACUGCACUCCCACCCGAAGUAUUCAAGCUUUACUCUCUGGGGGAGUUAGUCACCUCAAUCGAGUGGUAAGGAAAUGCACUGCCCAACACUUGGCCAAUCUGGUGGAAAAAGUCGGUGCCGGUCGUCUCCUCAGUGGAGGUAAAGAUUUAUCUGAAAGAAUUGUACCUGCAGUCAGCAGACUGGCACAAGACUCCUCACCAGAAGCAAGACACUAUGGCCGUCGAAUGCUGUUGUCCAUGUCCUACCAUCCAGACUUUGAUAAGAUACUGGAAAGAACUAUUCCGUCGAAAGACCUGCAGCCUACCAGAGACACAAUCUUAAGUCUCAAAACCAAGGGGCUCGGUGAGAUGCCCCAGGACACCAACUCAGCCAGAGGCAGACGGUCCCUCCCAGGAAGUGGCACAGUCCGAGCCUCAUCUCUCAACAGAGAGCCAGUCAACCACACCAUCAGAAUGGUCAACAGCAGACAUCCCACACAGAGCAUCGCCGACAAAAAUGACUACAUCAAUCACCUAACUUGCAUGCUGGGAUCCAAAGACUUCCGAGAGAAACUUAAGGGCAUGGACCAGCUCGUGUCUGACUGCCAGCAACACCCCAACCUGGUCAUUCAUAGUUUAUUCCCGCUUUUUGAUGCCCUAAAGGCCAGACUGCAGGAAUCUAACAGCAAAGUCAACCAACACGCCCUGGAGUCGCUGCAGAAAAUCAUCCCCUUGAUGAAGGACAACUUGUCUCAAGUGGUCAACCUUCUAGUCCCGGCUAUUGUGGACAAUCACCUCAACUCUAAAAACGACGCUAUUUACUCCGCUGCUAUUGGUGCAAUUGAUGCACUUAUCCUCAAUCUGGAUAACAUUCUCCUCCUUCAGCCUUUCUGCACCAAGGCUCAGUUUGUGAGCGGUAAAGCCAAGCUGGAUCUUGUGGAGAAGGUCGCAGAUCUGGUGACCAAGCUGUACUCUCGCAAGCCGCAGAUGGUGGAGCAAAAAGCGUUGCCCUUGCUGUGGCACAUGCUGGGCACGUCCAGCCACAGCGGCACGGUGCACGGCCGAGGCGGCAGCACGCGUGCCGCCACCGCCGUUCUGUGCCAAGCGCUUCGUGCCCAGAUCGGGCCCCGGCUGAGCGAGUGCGCGGCAAUGCAGUCCGCCACCACCCAAAAGGGGUUGAACGAGCUUCUGAGGAACUUGUCCAAAACAUAAAGCCGAGUCCGAGAGCAACAUUCAAACUCUGACCUUACUUGAAGACGGAGAUGUUCUACAUUUCUUAGUGCCUGCACUUUUAUCACAAUGUCCUUGCCCAGUAGGAUUUGAACUCUUUUCUCAGUCAUUUCUCUUCCUCUGGCAGACCUGCCAACAUGCAGGCUUUUUUUGUACACAUUUUACUCGCUGCUCUCCAGAUACGCAUUUUGUUGCUUCUUGACAUUCUCCGUUUGGAGUUGUGGAACCUGGAUCAUGAUCCUGUGUCGAGGCGCCAAGCGGCUCGCUCCUCCCCCUGCAAAUCUUUUUGUGCAGUGUGACUUGCACGGUGCACCUCAAAAAGAAAUCUAACCUCGCAAAAGAACAUUAUUAAUGCACGUAUACGGCUCGUUCAGCCUGUUUUGCAGUAAAAAUUACUACUUUGAUAAGUUCCAGCUGCAGUAACGCUACCGUUUAUUCUUUAAUUUGCCAUCAUUUACUUACUGGGUAUGACGUUAAACUACAUCCAGGCAUGAGAUGGGAGGUUGUGUGUGGGGUUAGUGAGUCCCAACUAUCAAUCCAUCCAUUUUCUACCGUUUAUUCCCUUUUAGGGUCGCGGGGGGUGCUGGCGCCUUUCUCAGCUACAAUCGGGCGGAAGGCGGGGUACACCCUGGACAAGUCGCCACCUUAUCGCAGGGCCAACACAGAUAGACAGACAACAUUCACACUCACAUUCACACACUAGGGCCAAUUGAGUUUUGCCAAUCAACCUAUCCCAACUAACGUCUAAAAAAUGCACACAAAGAACCAUUUUCCCCUUCUCUCAUGACUGGCGGGCGGUCAGCGCCAUAAAGCUGAGCGGGUCCCUGGGUAAAUGGGGUGCGGACAACCAACAGGACAGACUAAGUUCAACAGCCCAGUAAGGCAAUUAGUCUAGGAGAAAGAGCUCUGAUAUAAAAUACCCCUUCCAACCCGCACCAAGCCAACGUGGAAGGUGUAGGCUAAUAACCAGCAUGAAAAGUUCGCCAAGAUCGUUCACAAUGGCAGAAACAUGCUGAGGCUUUCGUCCAGCAGUGGACUGACAACGGCUGAUAAUGAUGAUGAUGAUGAUGACUUACAACAAGUGAGCUACCAAGAAUCUAAUCACAGAAGAACUUUAUUACCCAUUUGUAUAUGGCUCGUUCAGUCUGGUUUAGAUCAACAUUUGCUUUAAAAACUAAUGCGUCGAUCAUUUCCAGCUGCAGUAACGUUCCCAGUUUCUCUUCAAUUGGCAUCGUUUGCUUGCAACAAAGUAACAAGAAUCUAACCUUGCAGAAGAACAUUAAUACCCGUGUGUAUACAACUCGGUCAGUCCGUGUUGGAUCAACAUUUGCAGUAUAAAUGACUGCAUUUAUAAGUUCCAACUGCAGUAACACUCACCUUUUAUUUUUAAUUGGCAUUGUUUACAGCAAAGAAGAUAACCAGAAACCGACCCUUGCAGAAGAAUGUUAAUACCCAUGUACAUUCGACUCUUUCAGUCCAUUUUGGUUCAAUAUUUGCAGUAAACAUUCAUGUAGUGGUAAGUUCCAGCUGCAAUAAGAAGCCCCCUUUCUCUUAAAUUGCCAUCAGAUGCUUGCGACAAGGAAGCUUAAUAGUCGAGCUCCUGAAAUGUAUUUAAAGUUGGCAGGUCUGCCCUGGUACAGAAUCCCAGACUAUUGCAUCAUACAUCAGGUCCCACGUCCACAAACACUGCUCUCUUUGCACAUCCACAAGGUAGCUCUUGUGAUAAAUAUGACAAUUCCUACAAUUGUCACUGCUUUUCUUCACGCUCCGAACUUGACCAUAAACCAGAGAGCCGUUUGUAGAAUGUAAAAAUGCGCACACACAAAGACAAAAGACAGGGAAGGUGUACAAUUUUUCUGUCAUAAAAUGUUUUGUGAUAUUUUUCAAUAUGUUUAAGUGGCUGUUCUUUUUUUUCCUUGCAGAGCGGUGAAUUAAGAUUUACAAGAAUAAUACAAGAUACUUUUGUACAGCUGAUGUGUAUUUGCACAGUAUUGACAUCUUCUGUAAUCAUAAGUUGUAUGACGGUAGUGUCAACAGUUUAUGUACUUUGGAGUCAUCAUGUACUGGUUGCUACAGACAAUUUUCUUUUUUUUUUUUAAUCGUUUUUUUUUUUUGCAUGGCCAGUUCACUGGCAGGAGUUGCUGUUGGAUUACUCUUGUGCAUUGGUUCCUGGAUCAAGGUUGGCGAAGAAAAGGAAUCGAGCUUCACUCCAUCGCUGUUGCCUGGGAAACCGGGGAGGCACAGCUGGAGGAUUCUCAGUACAGUGCCAGUUUUCAAGUGGCCUUUUAAAAUUCUUUUAAAUUAUAUUCAACUUGUUUGGGAACAAGGACAAAGAUUAUUUUACAAAUAUAUAUAGAUAUAAAUAAAGUGUUUUAUUUCUGUAAA